ACCGAGACGGAUUACAGCGGUGCCGCAGCUACUCCAUCUCUUCUCUCUCUCCAGCCGAUGUUUCCAGAAAAUGGCGUUGCUAACUCCCCUUUUCGCGUUCCUCUAUCAUCUGCCGCAGGUGUACAAAUGGCUGCUCAAGCCCUACUAUAUUGCCUCGCUGUUUAUGUCGGUUGCUUUCUUGCUAGUGCGGAAAACGCCGGGGGUCUGCGAACAUCUCUCGACGCAGCGAGAGGACGGGAACUCCUGCGACUUUGAUUGGAGAGAGGUGGAGAUCCUAAUGUUCCUGAGUGCCAUCGUGAUGAUGAAGAACAGGCGCGCCAUCACAGUGGAACAGCAUGUCGGAAACAUCAUCCUCUUCAGUAAAGUUGCCAAUGUUAUCCUGUUCUUCCGGCUGGACAUUCGGAUGGGCCUCCUCUACCUCACUCUGUGCAUCGUGUUUCUGAUGACCUGCAAACCUCCACUCUACAUGGGUCCAGAGUACAUCAAGUACUUCAGCGACAAAACCAUAGACGAGGAGAUUGAGAGGGACAGCCGUGUGACGUGGAUCGUGGAGUUCUUCGCCAACUGGUCCCCAGAGUGCCAGUCCUUCGCCUCCAUCUAUGCUGACCUGUCACUCAAGUACAACUGUGCUGGGCUUAAGUUCGGGAAGCUGGAUGUGGGGAGAUAUGCAGAUGUAUCCAAGAAGUUUAAGGUGAGCACCUCCCCCCUGUCCAAACAGCUGCCGUCUCUGGUGCUCUUCCAGGGAGGGAAGGAGGUCAUGAGACGCCCUCAAGUGGACAAGAAAGGAAGGGCGGUUUCCUGGAGCUUCACUGAGGAGAACAUCAUUCGGGAGUUCAACCUGAAUGAGCUCUACCAGAAGUCCAAGAAGCUCUCCAAGGGGAAGGCUGAGAAGUUCCCCCCAGUGCCAGAGGAGGAGGAGGUGGAGCCUGAGCCUGAGACCAAGGAGGAGGAGUCAGAGAGCAAAAAGGACAAAUAGAAAGGCCAGACAUGUGGGGACACACCCCUUUAAUCAUGUGACAUCACAUUUGGACUGGAUGGAAUCAUGCAAGGAAAAUGGGGGUGUGCACAUUUAAGGAGAAGUUGUGGACUUUGGAAGCUAGGACAAAAGGUGUUUUUUUUUCUUUGCACAACUGCACAAAUUUAAUUCUAACUGCUAAUUUAACUUAAUAAUGAACUACUUAAUUUAUUAACGUAAAUGUCUGUCUAUGGUAAACAGAAAGCUUCUUAUUGAAAACCCCUCCCUAAUUUGUCACUCCCUCUUUUCCGUGGCCAGCCUCCGUGUUUUCCUUCUGCAGUGUGAGGAAAUCCACCGUUACACAGAGCAGACGCUGUUCACUGCAGCAUGUCUGUAAGCGUAUUUAUACAGGAGUGAGAUCUGCUCUGUCAGGCUCCUGUCAGCACAGUGUUAGUAUCACUGAUUCUGUUCCAUUCAUGAAGGGUUUCAGCAGGAAUGCCCAACAGCAGCACUGCGCAGCGCUGGGUCUGGAGUGCCGCUGUCUGGCAGGUUUUGUUUAAAUGUCUAAUUAAGAGCUCAACCUCCUGGGUGAUGAACCUUAUACAGCAGUGUCAUUAUGCUGAAAACCAGUCAUGUUGGCACAGAUUUUUAUUGUUCGUUUACUGAAAAUGUUUUAAGAGUAGGUUUUGAAUUUUUACUGAAUACAGACAUUUUAUGUGUU